AUGGGGCCCGGGGGUCUGCCGAAGGACACAUCUCACAUGUCGUUUGAAGAGCUGUUGGAACUGCAGAACCAAGUGGAGACUAAGACAUACAAACAGUUGGUAGCUGGAAAUAGUACUAAGAAGCCAGGUUCCAGACCGCCUGUCCAAAAUGCAUGUGUUGCAGAUAAGCACAGGCCUCUGGAAAUGUCAGCCAAGGUCCACAUGCCAUUUUUGGGUCAAGUUGUUCCAUUCAGUAAGAAGGUAGCCAGGGACCCCCACUUUGAUGACCUGUCAGGGGAAUAUAAUCCUGAGGUGUUUGACAAAACUCAAUUCCUGAAUGACAUCCGAGCCAAAGAGAAAGAGCUCAUGAAAAAGCAGUUAAAUAAGCACCAUUUGGGACAGGAGCGCGAGAAACUGCAGCAGCUGCUUCAGAGGAUGGAGCAACAAGAAAUGGCCCACAGGUGUCAGGGCCGCCAACAGGAGCUGUGCCUGGCCCUGAAGCAGGAGAGGUGGGCUCAGGCCCAGCAGGGCCAUCGGCUACACUUCCUGAAGAAAUCUGAGCAGCGCCAGUUGGUGCUAGCUGAGAAGUUCAAGGAGCUGAAACGCAGUAAGAAGUUAGAGAGCUUCUUGAGUCCAAAGAGGCGCCAAAAUGCAGGCAAGGACUGGAGACAUCUCCCUUUGAGCAAAGAGUAG